ACAAAUAAUAAAAAGAUGCUGACGAAGAGGCCCACACGGAGAAGGAAACGCAGAGGCCCACACGGAGAAGGCAUAAGUGAUGUGGAAAAAACAUUGAUUUUUAUUGGUUGAUUAUUUUAGCUGACGUGGAUGCGGUUAGAGGGCUUGAUACCUAAAUUAAAUUAUGGGCCGUGUCCAACCAUGCGUUGGCCUUAUGGGUUACUAAAGUUGGAAAUACGACGCCGUUCGCGUUAAACACGCGUAGGUCUCUAUCGGUAGAAUAAAAAAAAAUUUACGUUGCAUGACUACUAUAUAUAUGCAGACGUAACAUCUUGAGGGCUUCUAUGUUGAAGAGAGAAACAUGGAUUCCAGAUUGGUUAAUGAGAACCCAAUUGUUUACCCUAAGAAACAGCAGCUUGUUCGUGCUAAUCAGAGCAACACCGAUGAGUACUCAUCUACAAAUCAUAUAAGAGAUAUCAAAGAUCCAGAGCAUUCUGAGCUUACACUGGAGGACCUCCGUGUGAUUACAAAAGAAUCAGUUGAAGUUGAUGAUGCCAAGAGUUACGUUAGAGUUACGCUCACGCCAACUCUUCCACAUUGUCACGUCCCCCACCUUAUUGGCCUUUGUAUCUACGCAAAACUUCUUAAAAGCCUUCCUACUCGAUUCAAGGUCGAUGUUAGAGUGGCACCAGGGAGUCAUGCAACGGAGGCUGCAGUUAAUAAACAAUUAGGCGAUAAGGAGCGUAUAGCUGCAGCAAUUGAGAGUCCCUACUUUGUGGAUCUUUUCAACUAAUGCUUACAAAUAUGUGAUUUUGGAUCCAUCUAGUUUUGGCACAUCCGUUUAGGAUUUAAUCUUAUUUCAGUAUAUCUUUAUAUGAAUAUACCAUACUUCAGAACUAGAGCUUGUAAUCUUU